CGACCCGGACGGAAAUGAGGUGUCAGCAGACCUUCAGAACUUCCGGUUGGGGGAACAGGAGAGGUGGUGGCGGCGGCUGAGGUGGGCACGGAGGCUUCCGGGGUUCCCGGCUACAGGACGCUGGGCUGGGGAGAUGUUCCGAACAGCCAUCAUGAUGGCUGCCAGCCUGGCCUUGACCUCAGCGGUGGUGGCCCAUGCCUAUUACCUUAAGCACCAGUUCUACCCGACUGUGGUGUACCUGACCAAGUCCAGUCCCAGCAUGGCGGUUCUGUACAUUCAGGCUUUCGUCCUGGUGUUCCUAUUAGGCAAAUUCAUGGGCAAAGUAUUUUUUGGACAGCUGCGAGCAGCGGAAAUGGAGCAUCUGCUUGAGCGGUCAUGGUAUGCAGUGACCGAGACCUGCCUUGCCUUCACAGUCUUCAGGGAUGACUUCAGCCCUCGUUUUGUGGCCCUUUUCACACUCCUGCUCUUCCUCAAGUGCUUCCACUGGCUGGCUGAAGACCGAGUGGACUUUAUGGAGAGGAGUCCAAAUAUUUCCUGGCUCUUCCAUUUUCGCAUUGUCUCUCUGAUGCUGCUGUUGGGCAUCCUAGAUUUCUUGUUUGUCAACCAUGCCUACCAUAGUAUCCUCACACGGGGAGCCUCCGUCCAGCUAGUCUUUGGGUUUGAGUACGCCAUCCUCAUGACAAUGGUUCUCACCAUCUUCAUCAAAUACAUCCUGCACUCCAUCGACCUCCAGAGUGAGAAUCCCUGGGACAACAAGGCAGUGUACAUGCUUUACACAGAACUCUUCACAGGUUUCAUCAAGGUGCUGCUGUACAUGGCCUUCAUGACCAUCAUGAUCAAAGUGCACACCUUCCCGCUUUUCGCCAUCCGGCCCAUGUACCUGGCUAUGAGGCAGUUUAAAAAGGCUGUGACAGAUGCCAUCAUGUCCCGCCGGGCGAUACGCAACAUGAACACCCUGUACCCUGAUGCCACGCCCGAAGAGCUGCAGGCCAUGGACAAUGUGUGUAUUAUCUGUCGGGAGGAGAUGGUGACAGGUGCAAAGCGCCUGCCUUGCAACCACAUAUUCCACACCAGCUGCCUGCGGUCAUGGUUCCAGCGCCAGCAGACUUGCCCCACAUGCCGGAUGGAUGUCCUCCGUGCCUCCCUCCCAACUCAGUCCCAGACACCCCCCGAGCAGCAGGAGGCAGGGCAGCAACCGCCAGCACACCAGACCCCGCUGAUUCCUCAGCCGCCCAAUUUCCCCCAAGGCGUCAUGCCUCCUUUUCCUCCUGGGAUGUUCCCUUUGUGGCCCCCCAUGGGCCCGUUUCCUCCAGUGCCUGGGGCCCAGCCCCCCAACAACGCAGACAGUGCUUCGGCUGCUCCUUCCACAUCAGGGACACAGCCAGCAGCAGGCACUUCAAGGCUCAGUGGAGGUUCAGCGUCUGGAUCCGACUCCACUGCCUCUACAGGAACAGUGCCAGGUUUCCCCUUCCCUCCGCCAUGGAUGGGGAUGCCUUUCCCCCCUCUCUUUGGUUUCCCUCCUAUGCCAGUUCCGCCCUCGGGGUUUGCGGGACUGACUGAAGAAGAGCUGCGAGCCAUGGAAGGCCAUGAACGGCAGCACUUGGAAGCCCGACUGCAGUGCCUGCAGAACAUUCACACGCUCCUCGAUGCAGCCAUGUUGCAGAUCAACCAGUAUCUCACCGUCCUGGCCACUAUUGGGACGCCCCGCUCUGUGCCACCACCAAGCGCUCCGGCCACCUCAGCACCCCCUCAGGAGACUGCCAGCACAGAGCCCAGCACCAGCGAACCCACCAUUUUCCAGUCUGCAGACAGCACCACUUCAGCAGUGGCAGACCCCGAUUCCUCAAGCCAAGCAGCUUCAUCCCCGGCGGCAGGUGCUGAGGGUUACACAGCCCCAUCUGCUCCUGAGCAGGACGACGAGCCCUCUUCUCUGGAGGAGCCUGACACUGCAGAGCUGCGCAGGCGCCGCCUUCAAAAACUGGAACUGCCCUCCUCCUCCUCCUCCCAUUGA